AAUACCUCAUACUCGCUCGUAAAAGUGACGAAACCCCACUCUAGCCUUUAUUAAAAAGAAAAUUAAUCCUUUUUAGACAUUGCAUAUCGCAAGAGGCUAGCGACGCGACGGUAACCAUGUCCAUAACACUAUAGAGAAGAUGACAACACUAGAAAUGAGCGUGUUCGCCGGCGCUUACGUUCAGCCCCGCUUCCCUUGCAAGUGCAACCCAGCCUUUUCCGCAUCCUGCAAAACCCAAAAGACCGCAACUGCACUAACCUUACCCACUCCCAAUAAGACAGAGAAGGCCUUGUUCAGUGGGUCAUUUGAUCAAACACGUGGUGCGCAACCUCUCCCCGAAAAGAAGAAGAAGAAGAAUAAGAGAGUGUUCUUCUUAGACGUUAACCCGCUCUGUUACGAAGGAAGCAAGCCCAGCUUGCACUCUUUGGGGCGAUGGCUCUCUCUGUUUCUCUCCCAAGUCAGCCACACCGACCCUGUCAUUGCUGUGAUUGAUGGAGAAAGGGGCAGUGAGCAUCGCAGAAAGUUGCUACCUUCGUAUAAAGCACAUAGGAUAAAAUUCACGAGACACGUAUCAUCUUUGCAAAGAUUUUCAAGCGGCCAUGUUGGGAGGUCCCUUCAAGUUAUCAGUGAUGUUCUUGAAAAAUGCAAUGUGCCAGUUGUAAAAGUUGAUGGACACGAAGCUGAUGAUGUUGUAGCUACACUUGCUGGACAAGUUCUCAAUAAAGGGUUUCGAGUGGUUAUUGCCUCUCCUGAUAAGGAUUUUAAGCAACUUAUAUCUGAAGAUGUGCAAAUAGUUAUGCCUUUGCCAGAGUUACAAAGGUGGUCCUUCUACACCCUGAGGCACUACAGAGAUCAGUAUAAUUGUGACCCACAAUCUGAUCUUAGCCUUAGAUGUAUUGUAGGUGAUGAAGCGGAUGGUGUUCCUGGUAUCCAACAUCUGGUCCCUAGUUUUGGUCGGAAGACUGCUCUAAAACUUAUUAAAAAGCAUGGUUCAUUGGAAACUUUAUUAAAUGCAGCUGCAAUAAGGACUGUAGGCAAACCAUAUGCACAGGAUGCCCUUAAAAAUCAUGCUGAUUACCUACGGAGAAACUACGAAGUUCUUGCCUUGAAAAGGGAUGUAAAUGUCCAACUUAUUGAGGAGUGGUUGGUUAAGAGAGACAAUCUCAAUGAUAAAAAGGCAUUAUCUACCUUCUUCAAAUAUUUGGAAGAAAGUAAGGAGCUCACUUACAGAGGCAGGCCUACCCUUUAUAAUGGUUAAAUCCAUACAGGGAUGCUGUUGGUAUCGUGUUUGGUCACUAUAACAAGGAAGCUUGCUUUAGCUGUGUCAUCAGCAUUCACACAGUGCAAAGAGAGUUUUGCCUUUCACCACUUCCUAGAGCUUAUCAGUUGUUAUGCGACUUUGAUAACUUGAGACAAAUUUGAAGAUUUAUGAGCGACAACCUUAGACGUGACUUAAAAUUCACGGUUCAAGCCUUAUCAGCAAACUUGAAUUGGGUCAACCUUUUGCUGGUUCUUGUAGUUGCAUUACUUGGAAACAUUUCUCCAAGAUAUUUUUGAGGCAAUGAAUGAAAUCUGCAGUGGAUAUGAUUGUAAGAUAUUUACUAUAAAGCAAUCUCGAGGACUAUUAGAUGGAGGAAGACCUCACAUGUGACCAGUAAGCUGAUUGCUGAAUGCCAGAUUCAUGUGGCUGUGAUUAUUUUUGAAAAAUAAAAAAAUAAACUUUUUAAAGUUC